AUGACGCGACCGCCGAAACCGCGCGCGAGCGACUCCUUACGCGCGCACGUCCGUCGAAUCUUGCGUCGCUCGAUCGCGAGGUGUUUAAAAAACUCCUCAGAGGCUGAUGAGGGUGAAAUCGCGCGGAAAUUCGGCGGUAGCGUCGAAGAAUUCGGGACGGAUGCGCAGUGCGACGCCAUCGCGCGCGAGCUGUUUUCAAUGUUUAGCGAGCGAUGCGGCGGUGAUGAGGACGAUUCAGAGGUCUUGCGACGAGUCAGAGAGAGUGCGCAUGCGAUUGCUUCGAACGUAGCCGCCGAGCGGCGACGGUGCGCGAACUUGUUCGAGAUAGCGCACCGAGGCGGGAACUUGAGGGACGCGCUCCGGGACGCGCUCGAGCGAGGGGUCGCGGAUCGAGCGCGAGCGAAGUGGCGGAGAGAGGUCAUCGUCGAGCGACAUCGAGCGCUUCGAAGAGAGGCGAAGGCUAUUGAGAAUGGUGACGAGGCUUGGGAGCGAGCGACCGCGACAGAGGCGGGACGGGAGGACAUGCGGGCGUACGCCGAGGCGGCGGCCGAGGUCGGGAACCGCGCAUGGGUCGUGAGCUCGUUGGAGUGGUGCGUGGACGCCGUGGGAGCGUACUUUGGCGAGGCGGGAGUGGGAGUGAUUCGCAAGCGUGCGGUGAAGUUUUCUUGGGCGAUCGCGAACGGGCGCAGGGCGAAGGCGAUAGCGAAGAAGAAUCCGGCGACGUCGCUGGAAGACGCGCGUGAGAGAGUGGCUCUGGAGACGCCAGUCGCGAGCGAAUCGGGUAGAAGUGUCAAGGUCCUGGACGUCGGGUCGUGCUGGGACUACUUUAAUCUUCACUUCAAGGGGCCUUGGCCGGGGACAGUGGAAGCGACGACGCUGGCGUGUGAUUUGAUGCCACGCGUGCCGUCCGUGCUCGAGUGCGAUUGGCUCAGGGUCGCGUUCGAGGACGAAGAUCGCGUCGAGGACGCGAGCGUCGAGGGCGGAUCGAAGCAUCUCGCCGCGGUAAAGACACACGGUGCUGAUGCGCUCGUGUUCAGUCUCGUGCUCAGCUACGUUCCCACGCCGAGGCAGCGGGGAGAGAUGGUGCGUCGAGCGAGACUGGCACUGAAAAAUCGCGGUGCGGGUUUGCUCUUCAUCAUCACCCCGCACUCCACGGAUAAGGGUCACUGUCCGCACAACGCGCUGCCAGUGCUCAAAGAGUGGCGCGAGGUUCUUAACGGAUUGGGUUUCGAGCGCGUGCUUUACGAACGUCAGCGAAGUACGCACUGCCUUGCGUUUAGAACUCUCGGUGAUGGCGACGAAGCGCGCGCCGCCGAGGCGUCACCUCCAGAGCUCCGCAUCGCCUUCGACGCCCAGGUGAACGACGUGAACGAGUAG